AUGAACCCAAGUGCAGUUUAUACCAACCAAGCAACAAACACAGAGAAAACAUUCUGUGUUGACAAUGUCAAGAUAGAAGAGCUUACUUCUAACGGCAUUACAACAGGACCUUCACCUUACCUUCUCGAGUCCACCAAUGGCACUUACAAUGACACGGAUCAACCAUCUCCUCUCAAUCUGAACACAUCUAUGGGGAUCCUACGGGGACUUGUUACGAAGCUCCAAGAUGAUAUCAAUGUGUAUCUUACUGAGAGAAUCAAAAGUUCUGGUGCUGACGAUAUUGUCAUUGACGAUGGCGACGAUGAAGAGGACAAGAGUAGUGAAGUAUAA